AUGCGUCUCCCUGUGUGCAACUCCCACAUCACUAUGAACUGUGAGCAGGACUUUGGAGACGGGGGCCUGGGUGUGACCCUCACACUCCGACUGCUCAUGCACGGCAAGGUACGUAUGAGGUGAUGGUUUAAUUGAAUGGGAAUAUCUGGGAAUAUAUAGAAAUAGUUGUAGGAAGAACGGUAGCCAUAUAGUUAUCUGUAAGGGAUUAGUUAAGGUAUUAGGAUUCAAAUAUAGGAUGUAAUUACAAUAUGUAAAUUAUUUUCCUACUGACUCGUGUCCCUGCUCUGCUUUGUCUGUAGAAUUUAAAUAAUACAAAUGAGAGAUUUGGUUAAUAUAUUUAUGUUGAUUUAGCACAUAAAGAGGUCAUUAGGGUAUGUUUAAAGGAGUCUAUGUUUAAAUAUUUCAAUAACUCUUGUACUUCUUACAUUUCUUAAUCUUAUUUUUUUUUCUCCUGACAUUUUUAGGAGGUUGGCAGUAUCAUAGGCAAGGUGAGAAGGUUUAUAUUUUUCUUCAAUUAUUUAUGUUAUUUAUAACUCUUUUCAGAAGAGAUACAGUAUUCAGAAGGGCUUUCUGAUCCCUUGUUAUCACAAGGGAUGCCUAUUUUCAGAUCAAUGAAGACUAUUUCUAGAGUUAGAUUAAUGUUGUACUAUAAAUUGUACUAUAACAAAAGAUAUGGGAAUGAUCCUCUAUUAAAAAUAGACAAUUGAAACCAUGCCAUUUUGUAAGUAUUCAUAAACCAAUCUAUGUGGACUGAUUUUCCAAAUCAGUCAAUGUCUUCCCAUUCUAUUGUAGAAGCCAAACAAACAUAAGGCAUCCUGACACACUUUGCUGACUGUAUUUCCCCAUCCCAAAUGUAAUUGCUUCAAACCAACCCACUUAAAACCUUCUCCAUCCCCUAAUGCAGUACGGUAAUCCAUCAAACAGAAACAUUAGUGCAUUGACUGCAAACUUCCGGUUGAAACUGAGCUCCAAAAGGCAUAUUACUGUCAGACCCUUGUGAUCAGUUUAGUGUCUGCUAGGAGGGGGUGUAGGGUGCUCUCUUCCCCCUCGCUGGCUCCCACUAGCCCUGCAGCCUUGUAAUAGAACACAGGCUUAGAGAGAAAGAGGGAGAGAAAGCAGGAAGAGAGGGAUAAAGAAAUAUGGGGAGAGAGAGAGAGUGAAGGGACGACAGGGAAACCGAUACAGAGGGGAUGGGAGAUUGAGAAAAAGAAGGGAUGAGAAACAGAGAGGGAGAGAGAAAAGACAGAGAAAAAAGGGGAUAAAUAGAUAUGGAGAAGAAGUGGGAGGGUGAGAAAUGCUGUGUGUGGCUCAUGCUGUGCUGAGACCGGUAACCAGGCUCUCCAUCCAAAGCAUGUGUGUUAAUAACUCCAUUCUCCCUCCUCUCAGUCCUCAUCUCUAUCUCUUGGCUAGCCUUCAGACCAACAUCCUCUACAGUAUCCCAAAUUACACACUAGCAUGCUAUUUAGUAUGAAAUAACAGUGUGGCUAAGUACACAAAAUAGUAUGGUAGUGUUUCUAUUAGAAAACAUCCAGUUGUCAAUGUCAUGGGUGUAGGAGGUGGAAUCAUUUGGAAGCAGGAAGAGAGAAUGACGGGCUGAGGCAAUCUAAAGCUGGCAGAGGAUGUAUGACAGAGAUGUGACUUAAUUCUACUCCUGAGCUUGGGUGGUGUGACUGACUGGCUGGCUGGCUAGCUGGCUGCUGGCCACACAGAAAGGAUCUCACUAGGACAGGACAGACAUUAGUCGAUAAUAGAAGAGUAGAUAUAGAUGUGAAUAAAAAGAGCGCAGAUUGAAGUGAAAAGGGGUAUAUAUUUGAUACAUUUUGGAUGUGAUGAGAAUACUGUAUAUCAGUGGCCUUGUGCUAAACAUCUCAGACUGAAAGAGCACUCUACUUUUCUAUUCCAUGACAGCUUAGAUUACUUCUCAAUGGAGGGGAAAUGUAGUCAAUGUGAAGAAAGUUAUCCGAUUAAUAGGGAUUGGAAGAUCAGGCAGAUUUCCAUCUGCAAGUUGAGGACACACUGGGGGGGACUGUACUUUUUAAACAAACCACACACACUUCAAAGUUGUCUUUCAUCUUCCUCUUUCACAGAAAGGAGAGACAGUGAAAAGAAUACGGGAGGAGGUAUGUUACCAACUUCCUAUCUAUUAACACUGUCCAUCAUAUGUGUAAGAGUACUCCACAUUACCAUAAUGCAUUCAAAGUAAAGCCUGUCAUUGAUUGAUGAAAUACAUGUAUAUCAUCUAGCUCCAAAGCAAUCAAUAUCACAUCUGGUUUCUGCUUCAAUAUGCAUUAUUUAUCUGGAAUCUUUAUUUUCCGGUUAUUGUGUAGUCCAGAAGAGUACCGUCACGAAAAAGGUUAUAGUUCAAGGCAAAACAUAAUCAAACCGGAGACAGUGUCUAAUAUUGUUUGCAAUGCAUGGUGUAGAGUUCCAUUAAUAUUAAACCCAAACCCUCUCUGGAUGUUUGAGAAGGUUGACUGGGAUAGCAUACAGAACAGCCUCAUAGUCUGACCAUUCUUCUCUUUCAAUUUAACAUCUCUCCCUUUUUCACAUUAUCUCUCCUUCCAUCCCUUCUCCUCCAUUUCUGCCUGUAUCAAGCUCUCUUUCUUUCUCCCUGUCUCUUUUUACUCUAGGUCUCUCUUUCCCUCUCUCUAAUUUUCACUUACUCUCAAGCUUUCUCCCCCCCCCCCCUCCCCCCUUCUCAGUUUGUCCUUUUUUUUUAUCUCUCCCUUGUCUCCUACCCAUCUCUCUCCCUUUAUGUCUCUCUCUUAUUUCUCCCUCAUAAACCUCAAGGGUGCAGUUGAUCCGAUGGCGCUUGAUUAACUCUGUACAAAAAGUAAUUAGAUUGCCAUUGUGUUGGUUCUCGUCCCUCUGACUCCUGAUGCAAAGCUAUUACAUUUGACUUUAUGAAGCAGAAUGAUAAACAUAGGUGGUUAGACUGAGGGGGCAUGUAGACUUAUAUAGCCACUGGAUUAGUCUGCCAGUAAACCAGUCAUCCAUGCUAGUCAUCCGUCCACCCAUUCCGUCAGUCAGUCAGACGAAUAGGCAAGCCUUUAAUUAGUUCCCCCUAUGUGAGGCUCUCUGGCUUCCUCCCCAGGCCCUCUCUGUCCCCACGGUGUCAGACUGACUCAGUGGGAUGACUGUAAUAAACAUCACAGAGGUUAAAGUACCAUCAUACCUCUACUACACACGUGUCCACUCUCCAGUCCACAGGGCUCUGGAGAUAAAUGAAAUGACAAUGGAUGGAGGGAUCAGAGUACCAGCCUGGGGAUAAGUUACAGCGAGGUCAAUUCCCUGUAUGAUGAUCUAGCUAUUUAUUGAUAGUUAUCUGUAGGACAGGGUGUAUUUACUGGUCCGGAGUUUGCUACAUUUGACCUGUUCUUUUGAUUUGUCCUUCAUCCCAAUGCCUCUUUUCCCAUUACUAAUACCCCUUUCCAUUUACUUUAUUUCCUUACUCAUGCUAAUUCCAUUCUGUCCUCGUUACUUUACUACACUCUUGCCUGUGGCCCUCACUCUAUUCACUCCAUCCACCCGAACAUGUGCUCUGCUCUCACCCUUUUACCUCAUCUAAUAGAACGUCAAUAAAGCUGGACCCUGGUUCUUGGUCUGUCUCCCUACAGAGCAGUGCGCGAGUCAACAUCUCAGAGGGAUCGUGUCCAGAGAGGAUCAUCACCAUCACCGGCUCUACAGACUGUGUCUUCAGGGCCUUCACCAUGAUCACAAACAAACUGGAAGAGGUAAGACAACACAAUCAGUGUUUCCCUUAGAGAUUUUCUUAGGCGGGGCACAGCUGCCCCUCGGCUUCAAUUGAUUUGAUAUAGAAUUUCCUGGUCUCCAAUUCGAUAAUAUGUUUUUAUUUAUACUGUACAGUUCAUCCUGCAAAUUGAAGUUAUCGUUGAAAAUCAUUAGUCACAUUUAAUAGCAAGGUUUCCUCCCAGGUUGGCUUCUACUGCAGAUUAAUUUGACGUUGGAUACAAGUUAGACUUGGUGCAAGAGCCUUCUAGUUUCUCAUUAUAAUACUGCAGUGUGAAGUAGCUAGCUAGCACCGGGCCUUUUAUGCAGCAUAGUGACUUAUUCAAUUGAGCUUCGCAUUGGAACAGCCCAGACAACUGGAAAGGAACAGGCGAGUGGCUCCAUGUCUUUUAUAGACAGUAUAUUGUAUUGAAGGAGAACAUGCGUCAGUGCUCCAGGUCUGUUGACGAAAGAGAAGAUGAUAAUAUGUUAACAUGCUAAUUAUUUAAACAGAUGAGGUUUGUGUUUUAUCCCUUAAUGUUCAUAUUUAUCCAUCAACAAACUAGUUAACAUUGUAGAUUCAGGGACAUUUUGGUUGGUCUAGCUGCAGAUACUAGCUUUGGAACAGUCGUUCCCCGCAUAGAUGGGCCGACGGAGCCUUGUUUCAUAGCAGUCAGUAAACACACGCUGGCUGGGAACGCGCCGAACUGCAUUCAUUAAAGAUUUUAAGCUCUCACCUCUUCCCAACCCUACUGUCAGCCGAAACUCCCCGAGUUGUCAUGGCAACCUGUUGGCUGACCUACAGCGGCGUGUCUCUCACCAUGCCUGAGUAUUAUGUGUCUGACAUCUUUAAUUAAAGGAUAGAAAGAAGAAAAAAAACAUCUCAACUCGUUUUGGCCAAUGGGUAAAACAUUUAUAUUGUUCUCUACUAUUUACUGUUAUUAAAAGGCUUCACUACCGUAGCUAGGGGAUAGAUGGUCUAAGACUAUAGAUUCUAAGUAGUUCUCAUCAUUAAUUUGAUCAUGAGGAUUUAAUCAUUAAGGCGGUCAAUGACAUUUAUUUUAUCCAGUCAUUAUAUGAGCACAGGUAAAGAGAGUUUGGUAGAACGGGCAGAACGGCUGUGCCUGUAGCGGGUAAUUUGGACAGAGUCAGGCGCGGAGGUGUAAAUCACAGAAUAAUGAUUUCUUCAGCCAAUACAGCGGUUCGGAGCAAUGCGCAAAACAACGGCGUACUGGGGAAAACAAAACACACGGGUGAAUAUCCCGGCGUUAAAGUACAUAAUGCUCCACCGAGCUAUUGACACCUCCACAUGGAAACAAUCACACACAAAGACAUGGGGGGCAGAGGGAAUACUUAUACAGGGACUGAUGAGGGGAUAUGAACCAGGUGUGUGUAAAAACAAGACAAAACAAAUGGAAUGAUGGGAAGGGGAGCGGCAGUGGCUAGAAGGCCGGUGACGACAAACGCCAAAGACUGCCUGAACAAGGAGAGGAGGCAGCUUCGGAGGAAGUCGUGACAGUGCCUCUCUAAUCACAAAGGACCACAGUUCAGUGCUUGGUAUAACUAUUUCACUUGAUUUGUUGCUCCCAAGAAAGGAAAUAGAGCAUUUAUUUGCAGCAGGUUAGUCAUUCUCCAUUGAUGUCUUAUUGUCCUAACCACAGCAUACACGGGGGAUUAAGCCCAGAGCCUCUUUGUGUGACUGCAGCUUCUUGUAACCCCCGGACGUAUUUCCGCCAAUUUGCUUUUGAAAGUCGUUCACUGAGUUUGGUGAGUGGGGAAGGAUCGGGCCAUUCACAGUUGUUAUAAUAUGACGCAUAUUUUUAGAUCAAAUCUGGGAGAUGAUGCCCAGAGCCCUAAUGAGACAACAACCUACCAGCCAUGCAGCCGCCUCACUUAAUAAAGACACUGAGAGAAAACCAAGCGUCAUAGCCGCAUUAGAUAGAUACAUGGGUUUUAUAUUUAAAAAGUAGGCCUACCAGAACUGUUGGGGAAAUAAAUGUUUUUUUUUCUCAAAUCCCCUGGAGGGCACCUCUGUAAAGUACAUGAAAUUAAUAUUAUUAUUGCACACCGACUAGCUAAUGCAUUCUGUUUGAAAUACAUGCGAUGUGCUUUCCAUUCAGAGAGAGAGAGAGAGAGAGAGAGAGAGGAGAGAGAGAGAGAAGAAGAGAGAGAGAGAUAGAGAUAGCGAGAUAGAGAGAUGAGAUAGAUAGAUGUAUCGAGCGAUCUCUCUCUCGCGCUCUAUCUCGUCUCAGCUAGCUCGCUCUCUCGCUCUCUCUCUCCUCCUCACUCCUCCGCCUCUCUCGCUCCUCAUCUCUCUCCGCCUUCUUUUGCCUCUCAUCUAUGGUCGGCUCAGAGACUGCGAUUUACAUUUCAAAGGGAGCCUGACUGUUAAUUAAUUAUCAGGUCAUUCUCUGCCCACACUGGAUUGAAGGAGAGGCUAUUUACUACCUGGUCAAAUGAAGGAAAAUAGGAAAUGGCGAUGACUGAGGCCAAGGCUUUACCUUUACAGGGCCACUUAAGGGCCCCAUUCAAUCAAAGUCGUAAGUGGGGUUUUGGAGAUUUUGCCAUCAGUGAUUUAUCAUCCAUCCUUCUCUCUCCCUCUUCCUCUGUCCCUCCCUAUCUUUUCCCCCUCCUUCUCUCCCUCUCCCCAGGACCUCACUACACUGGUGGCCAACGGCACCAUCAGCAGCAAGCCCCCAGUGACCCUACGACUGGUCAUCCCAGCCAGCCAGUGUGGCUCCCUCAUCGGCAAGGGAGGGGCCAAGAUCAAGGAGAUCAGAGAGGUGAGAGACUAAUACAGAAUGGCUGCAGAUGCAGGAUCUUCAUUUGAGCCAGUUUUCUGCAGCAGGAAAAUAAUCCUGCAAAUGUGAAUUAUUAUGUGGAUUAUAAUUAAUGGACAUUUUUGUAGAGGUUGAUACCUUUUUCGUAAGGGAAAAUCAAGUCUGACAUUUCAAAUUGGAAAUUACAAACUUCAGAAGCCUUUUUAAACCUCAAAUACACUACAAGUAAAGCAUUACCUGCAUUGCAACAGGGCGAUCAAGGCAAGAAACAAGACUCUUAACAGUUAGAAAAAGGCAGCCAUUUCACUUGACUGUAGAGUGGGGAGUUAGCUAGUUCCUUCCCUGAUCAGCGCUCGAGGCAACUAUAUGCCAGUCUGUUUCAUGUCUGGUUUGUGUUUAUUUCAAGGGCACCAAGUUUCUAUCGGGAACCUUACACGAUAUCCUGUGCUCAGGAUGCACUAUGUCCUCUGUUUGUUCACAUAGAGAUGCUCUGUUAUUUGAUUUUACUGCAAGCUGAUUUUCUUUGCAGAUCACUACAAUUUGUAUGCAGGUCUUUUCAUCCAUCCAUGACCACCCAAUGUUUAGUGCUAAGCUUUCAUCUCUAUUAGGUCAACAAACCACAGAAGUGGACCCAAGUCAGUGUGAUUAUUAGAAUGCCAUAUCUUUCUGAAUCAAUGUAAUCCUUUCUUUAAUCCGCUAUCAUUGGCAGAGCACUGGAGCACAGAUACAGGUGGCAGGGGAUUUGCUACCCAACUCUACUGAGCGAGGGGUGACGAUAUCGGGGAGUCAAGACUCGGUAAUCCAGUGUGUCAAGCUAAUCUGCACAGUAAUCCUGGAGGUAGGGUGACAUUUCUCUCCUUCUCCCUUUCCUAUCCUCCUCAUACACACACAUCCAUAACCAAGAGUGGAAUUCAAUCAAACCCACACUCCACUGCCACUGGAGUAACAAUGACAAUGUAUCUGUAUUUUCGUAGCACUAGAGCAAUGUUAUAUUUGUCCAGCCUGGGUGUUAUCCAUAGAGUUGAUUUGAUUGAAUUACUGCCAUACCAAGAAUACAAUUAGGAGGUGAUAAUAUAAUCUUAUUUACUGUUAUACUAACCUGAGCCUUAGGGAAAUGUGGUAUCCUUCCUGAAGAGCCAGCUAUUCUCCUCGGCUCAGUACACAUUAGUCAGGAUCCUCUGUUUUGACCCUGUUUGACCCUGAGACGAGCUGGUCACAGAGGAAAGCACCCUGGCUCAGAAAACAAACUGACCUGCAGCAAAGUGUGUCCUCCUUUAAACAACUGCUCUCUUGAGAAACAGGAGUGGUGGAAAGGGGAAAAACAACCCGAAGGAUUAUUUCCCUCCAAUGCGUACAUGCCGGCCUUUUUGUUUUUGCAUUGCAGUUGGACCGUACUCCCUAAUUGCUAGUUUGAUCCAGUUUUCCAGGGCUUUCUUCAAAGGCUUGCAACUUUCAUUAGGAUUCUCUUCCAGUGCGGCCUUCAGGAUGUAAAUUAUGCAAAGUUAUACAAAGAAUCGGCUUUGACUGCUCCCACAGAAAAGAUGCUCUACAUUUCCAGAAAACCCUGCAUCCUUAUGAUAAGUUAUACAACUUCCUGUGUAUUGUUUUACCCAUUUUUUGUUUCCUUUUGUAAUUGGCAAGUUCACGAGUUUUCUCUGAAGGGGACUAGGUUUUUGUCAGUUAAGUGUGUGUGUGUGUGUGUGGGUGCGUGUGUGCGUGUGUGCAGUGCACCCGUUUGAAAUAUCCAAAGGAAUGUUGAACAACUUGAGCCGAAGGCUGAGAUUACAAACUCAAGAACAAUCCAAUCAACCCUAAAGAGCUGCCGUUUCAAUGGUUGAACUGUUAAAUGAAUGACUAAUGUCAUCAGUAGAAAAACAAAGGGACAAAUGUCAUGUAACUGUCAUUAGCAGUUUAAUACACCAUUAAUUGUUCUCAUGUUUUAUGUGCUUAAUAGUUCAAUGCCAUUUGCUCCAUUGCUUUCCCUCCCACACAACAUAAGUGACACAACAUUAGCCAGAUUUAAAAUAAAACAUCCUUCACACAAGUUUUGACUUGCAUCUGUCGUAUUUAUUUUGGUGAUAAAAGUGUUUCGAUAUCUCACAACACCAGACCCCUUGACCUAUGUUUGACUCCCCAGUCUCCCCCGAAGGGUGCUACCAUUCCCUACCGGCCCAGCCCCUCCCCAGGAGCCCUCCUCAUCUCUGGCAACCAGGUGAGAACACCACAAACCCAUCCACACCCUGUAUAGACAUAUCAUGUGAAAAAUAGUCCAGUGUACUUAUUGAGGGACUUUAGAGCACUAUUCUAUGUAAGAUCCUUAGUUAUGGUUCAUGACGCACCUCAGUGCCACCCCACGACUCAACCCAUUAUGAAGAUAUGAGGCCGUUUUGCUACUUGGGGAGAUGAGAUUGUGGGUGGGGGUGAUGUUAGGAUGAAACAUUUUAGCCACUCAGUCUAUAGACCUCUAGCGUUUGGCUCGACUGCAGUGGAUCCUGGCUGCUAUGCCUGCCUGCGCUGGUGAUCCAAACCUUGUUACAGCAAAUGAGCUGUCUGAGCCUUACUCUCAAAUGUUUGAUAUGGUAUUGUGUUGAGAUAGCACUCAUAAUAACAUAUCAAAUUAAAGUGCAGGGUGUAGCUAUGGUCAGAGGAAGAUGAAGCGCUUUAAUGAAUCCAGAGCAGUGAUAAGGAGUAUUUGUGUAACUUGUCUGAGGAUAAAAAUGAAUAGGAAUGGGAAACUCUGGAUGGUGAUUCAUACCGUAAGCCAGUUAAGUGUGUGUGAGAGAGUUUGACAUGGAGCUCCAAGGACCACUCCAGUCAAUAGAAUUAAGGAAGGAAGAAAAAAAGGAUAUGUUAUUUUAUAUUUCAGUGGAACAGAAGGGGUUUUCAGUGAUAUAUUUCAGUUGGAAAAUGAAUGUAGUCAGUGGGAAUUUCCCAUAUUUGUAUGGUUUUAUGAUGUUGAAAGUGCUCUGGGAUGACACUUUGGUAGGCUAGUUCUCGUUGAUUCAUUACAUGAUUUUAGCUUUUAUGUUUUACUAUUAGUAUGUCUUCUUAGCUUAUCCUAGAUAAACUGUGUUUACAGUAUGUAAAUAAUGAGCUCACUAACAUUAUCUGGUGAAAUAAAGGUAAAUAAUAGUAAUAAUGUAUGUUCCCUGUGUGUAUGUUUAGGUGUUUGAGGCGUCAGACUUUUCCCCCCACCCUCUGUACUCUCUCUCCCAGGGUGGUCUUGACCUGCAGCAGGUGAGUGUCAGAUGAUCUGAUGUCACCAACACCUUUAACUGUGAAUAGUUCACUCUAAAGUCAACCUUUUCAAACAUUUUCAUACCUCAAAAGUGGUCUUAAAGGGCAAUUUCAUUAUAUCCAGCACAAUACCAUUGUAUACAGUUGAAGUCGGAAGUUUACAUACACUUAGGUUGGAGUCAUUAAAACUUGUUUUUCAACCACUCCACAAAUUUCUUGUUAACAAACUAUAGUUUUGACAAGUCGGUUAGGACAUCUACUUUGUGCAUGACACAAGUCAUUUUUCCAACAAUUGUUUACAGACAGAUUAUUUCACUUAUAAUUCACUGUAUCACAAUUCCAGUGGGUCAGAAGUUUACAUACACUAAGUUGACUGUGCCUUUAAACAGCUUGGAAAAUUCCAGAAAAUUAUGUCAUGGCUAUAGAAUCUUCUGAUAGGCUAACUGACAUCAUUUGAGUCAAUUGGAGGUGUACCUGUGGAUGUAUUUCAAGGCCUACCUUCAAACUCAGUGCCUCUUUGCUUGACAUCAUGGGAAAAUCAAAAGAAAUCAGCCAAGACCUCAGAAAACAAAUUGUAGACCUCCACAAGUCUGGUUCAUCCUUGGGAGCAAUUUCCAAACGCCUGAAGGUACCACGUUCAUCUGUACAAACAAUAGUACGCAAGUAUAAACACCAUGGGACCACGCAGCCGUCAUACCGCUCAGGAAGGAGACACGUUCUGUCUCCUAGAGAUGAACAUACUUUGGGGCGAAAAGUGCAAAUCAAUCCCAGAACAACAGCAAAGGACCUGGUGAAGAUGCUGGAGGAAACAGGUACAAAAGUAUCUAUAUCCACAGUAAAACGAGUCCUAUAUCGAAAUAACCUGAAAGGCCGCUCAGCAAGGAAGAAGCCAUUGCUCCAAAACCGCCAUAAAAAAGCCAGACUACGGUUUGCAACUGCACAUGGGGACAAAGAUCGUACUUUUUGGAGAAAUGUCCUCUGGUCUGAUGAAACAAAAAUAGAACUGUUUGGCCAUAACGACCAUUGUUAUGUUUGGAGGAAAAAGGGGGAACGCUUGCAAGCCAAAGAACACCAUCCCAACCGUGAAGCACAGGGGUGGCAGCAUCAUGCUGUGGGGGUGCUUUACUGCAGGAGGGACUGGUGCACUUCACAAAAUAGAUGGCAUCAUGAGGAAGGAAAAUUAUGUGGAUAUAUUGAAGCAACAUCUCAAGACAUCAGUCAGGAAGUUAAAGCUUGGUCGCAAAUGGGUCUUCCAAAUGGACAAUGACCACAAGCAUACUUCCAAAGUUGUGGCAAAAUGGCUUAAGGACAACAAAGUCAAGGUAUUGGAUUGGCCAUCACAAAUCCCUGACCUCAAUCCUAUAGAAAAUCUGUUUAGGACCUUUCUUUAUAACUACAGACGACACAUACAGUGCCUUCAGAAAGUAUUCAUACGCCUUGACUUAUUCCACAGCCUGAAUUCAGAAUGGAUUAAAUAUAUUUUUUUUGAUCUUACCCAUCUACACACAAUACCCCAUAAUGACAAAGUGAAAACAUGUUUUUAGAAUGUUUUGCAAAUGUAUUGAAAAUGAAAUUUACAUGAGUAUUCACACCCCUGAGACAAUUCUUUGUAGAAGCACAUUUGGCAGCAAUUACAGCUGUGUCUUUCUGGGUAAGUCUCUAAGAGCUUUCCACACCUGGAUUGUGCAACAAUUGCACAAUAUUAUUAUUAGUUUUUAAUUCUUCAAGUUCUUUCAAAUUGGUUGUUGAUCAUUGCUAGACAACCAUUUUCAGAUCUUGCCAUAGAUUUUCAAGUAGAUUUAAGUCAAAACUGUAACUCUGCCACUCAGCAACAUUCACUGUCUUCUUGGUAAGCAACUCCAGUGUAGAUUUGGCCUUGUGUUUUAGGUUAUUGUCCUGCUGAAAGGUGAAUUCAUGUACCAGUGUCUGGUGGAAAGCAGACUGAACCAGGUUUUCCUCUAGGAUUUUGUCUGUUCUUAACUCCAGUCCGCUUCUUUUUUAUUCUGAAAAACUCCCAAGUCCUUAACGAUUACAAGCAUGCCCAUAGCAUGAUGCAGCCACCACUAUGCUUGAAAUAUGGAGAGUGGCACUCAGUAAUGUGUUGUAUUGGUUUUGCCCCAAAUACAAGACUUUGUAUUCAGGAAAAAAGGUUAAUUUCUUUGCUCCAUUUUUUGCAGAAUUACUUUAGUGCCUUGUUGUAAACAAGAUGCAUGUUCCUUCUUUCACUCUGUCAAUUAGGUUAGUAUUGUGGAGUAACUACAAUGUUGUUGAUCCAUCCUCAGUUUUCUCCUAUCACAGCCAUUAAACUGUGUAAUUGUUUUAAAGUCACCAUUGGCCUCAUGGUGAAAUCCCGAGCGGUUUCCUUCCUCUCCAGCAACAGAGUUAGGAAGGACGCCUGUAUCUUAGUAGUGACUGGGUGUAUUGAUACACCAUCCAAAAUGCAAUUAAUAACUUCACCAUGCUCAAAGAGAUAUGCAAUGUCUGCUUUUUUUUACCCAUCUACAAAUAGGUGCCCUUCUUUGCGAGGCAUUGGAAAACCUCCCUGGUCUUUGUGGUUGAAUCUGUGUUUGAAAUUCAUUGCUUGACUGAGGGACCUUACAGAUAAUUGUGUGGGGUACAGAGAUGAGGUAGUCAUUCAAAAAUCAUGUUAAACACUAUUAUUGCACGCGGAGUGAGUCCAUACAACUUAUUAUGUGACUUUUUAUGCACAUUUUUACUCUUCAACUUAUGUAGGCUUGCCAUAACAAAGGGGUUGAAUACUUAUUGACUCUAGACAUUUCAGCUUUUCAUUUUUAAUACAUUUGUAAAAAAUAUAUAUAUAAAAAAGAACAUAAUUUCACUUUGACAUUAUGGGGUAUUGUGUGUAGGCCAGUGACCAAAAUAUAAACAUAAUCCAUUUUAAAUUCAGGAUGUAACACAACAAAAUGUGGAAAAAGCCAAGGAGUGUAAAUACUUUCUGAAGGCACUGUAUGUAGACACUGAUAUGGUGCUGGAGAUAAUGAAUAUGAGGUUGAAAAGUGAUGGAAUUUCUCUUUAAGUAGAACUGUUGAAGGGUGAUUGGGUGGUAGAGGGCUUUGGAAGUGGAUGUGGGAUGUCAAAAAGUGGGUAGCAUUGGCAUGAAAUACUAGAACAACAGCUGAGCCUAAUCUGCAGCCAUUGUUCCAACAUAGCAUCACAAACAUGACAGCUGAUGUGACUAGAUACCACAAUACACUCCAUUAACCCUCAACCAACCAUUUUAUAUUACCCCCUUAUCGUAUUACUCUAGCUAUCACAAAGGCUAUAGGGGCCUAACGUUUCUAUCUCCUGGCCCUACUCUGUGCAUACAUAUAAUAUAAAUAGGAAGGAAGGUGAUGUCCACUGUUGGCCUGAUGUUAUCGGAGAGGUGAAACAGCCUGUGGUGAUUCUCACACCUUAAGUAGCUACUGUAAUAAUCUAUUUCAGAAUGGCUCUGGGAGCCUCCCUGCUGCUCUUCUGAUACAAAGCUGAACAUACAAUUAUGAAAAACACAACAACAUUUCCAGUAGUUAGAUCAGGUCGAUUAUGAUUAUUGAUCCUGCUGUAUCUCUUCUAGUGAUAACAAUAUGACAGUAUUACCAAUGAUUUGACAUGGUUUCCUGUGCUUAGAGUUGAUUGUGUAUGUCGUUUUGGUGCAUAAUAGGGGAUUGCAUCUAACCUCUCCAUGGAGCGGUACUACUAGCCAGACCGCUGCCGUCGGUCAGAAUUGAGUUUAGCUAAGUGCUGUCUGGCCUGACAAUGGGGCUACAUGGGCACCACCCUGACUUAUGAGAGAGAGAGAGAGAGAGAGAGAGAGAGAGAGAGAGAGAGAAGAGAGGAGAGAGAGAAGAGAGAGAGAGAGGAGAGAAGAGAGAGAGAGCUCGCUCUCUUAUAGCAUAUCGCUCGCUCUACUCUCUCUCUCAUCUCUCGAUUCUCUCCUCGCCUCCGCUCUUCUCUCGCGUAGCCCUUCUCUCCGAGAGAGAGAGAUUAUCAGAGGCACAUUACAGAGUAUGAAGGUUGGUUAAAUGGCACCCUGCUGUGAAGAUUGCGGACCCCUGAUGAUGUCCAAUCUGGACUGAUGUGCAAUCACAUUAAAGAUGAUGGAAACACUUUCUAUGUGCCACCUGUGUUGUGUAAGACAUUAUGGAUGCAUUUUACGGGUUUAUAUAGGCUGUUAUAGAGCCACAAGAUAUACAUUCCUGUAGCAAGUGUAUAAUCUUCAAUAACCACUUUCUGCAAUACACAACAAAUGCAUUUAAAUGCAUUUUUGUAUUUGCUUCCACAUACUUAGCCAAUGUUGAUGUAGUAUACUGUAUAAAUGUUAACAUAUCAGUGAUGCAUAUAUACAGUUGAAGUCGGAAGUUUACAUACACCUUAGCCAAAUACAUUUAAACUCAGUUUUUCACAAUUCCUGACAUUUAAUCCUAGUAAAUAUUCCUUGUCUUAGGUCAGUUAGGAUCACCACUUUAUUUUAAAAAUGUGAAAUGUCAGAAUAAUAGUAGAGAGAAUUAUUUAUUUAAGCGUUUAUUUCUUUCAUCACAUUCCCAGUGGGUCAGAAGUUUACAUACACUCAAUUAGUAUUUGGUAGCAUUGCCUUUAAAUUGUUUAACUUGGGUCAAACGUUUCGGGUAGCCUUCCACAAGCUUCCCACAAUAAGUUGGGUGAAUUUUGGCCCAUUCCUCCUGACAGAGCUUGUGUAACUAAAUCAGGUUUGUAGGCCUCCUUGCUCUCACACGCUUUUUCAGUUCUGCCCACAAAUUUUCUUUAGGAUUGAGGUCAGGGCUUUGUGUGAGAGCAAGGAGGCUCCAAUACCUUGACUUUGUUGUCCUUAAGCCAUUUUGCCACAACUUUGGAAGUAUGCCUGGGGUCAUUGUCCAAAUUUGCGACCAAGCUUUAACUUCCUGACUGAUGUCUUGAGAUGUUACUUCAAUAUAUCCGCAUCAUUUUCCUUCCUCAUGAUGCCAUCUAUUUUGUGAAGUGCACCAGUCCGUCCUGCAGUAAAGCACCCCCACAGCAUGAUGCUGCCAUCCCCGUGCUUCAUGGUUGUGAUGGUGUUCUUCAGCUUGCAAACGUUCCCCCUUUUUCCUCCAAACAUAACAAUGGUCAUUAUGGCCAAACAGUUAUAUUUUUGUUUCAUCAGACCAGAGGACAUUUCUCCAAAAAGUACGAUCUUUGUCCCCAUUUGCAGUUGCAAACUGUAGUCUGACUUUUUUAUGGCGGUUUUGGAGUAGUGGCUUCUUCCUUGCUGAGCGGCCUUUCAGGUUAUGUCGAUAUAGGACUCGUUUUACUGUGGAUAUAAAUACUUUUGUACCUGUUUCCUCCAGCAUCUUCACAAGGUCCUUUGCUGUUGUUCUGGGAUUUAUUUGCACUUUUCGCACCAAUGUACGUUCAUCUCUAGGAGACAGAACGCGUCUCCUUCCUGAGCAGUACGACGGCUGUGUGGUCCCAUGGUGUUUAUACUUGCAUACUAUUGUUUGUACAGAUGAACGUGGUACCUCCAGGCGUUUGGAAACUGCUCCCAAGGAUGAACCAGACUUGUGGAGGUCUACAAUUUGUUUUCUGAGGUCUUGGCUGAUUUAUUUUCAUUUUCCCAUGAUGUCAAGCAAAGAGGCACUGAGUUUGAAGGUAGGCCUUGAAAUACAUCCACAGGUACACCUCCAAUUGACUCAAAUGAUGUCAAUUAGCCUAUCAGAAGCUUCUAAAGCCAUGACAUAAUUUUCUGGAAUUUUCCAAGCUGUUUAAAGGCACAGUCAACUUAGUGAAUAUAAACUUCUGACCCACUGGAAUUGUGAUACAGUUCAUUAUAAGUGAAAUAAUCUGUAUGUAAACAAUUGUUGGAUAAAUGACUUGUGUCAUGCACAAAGUAAAUGUCCUAACCGACUUGCCAAAACUAUAGUUUGUUAACAAGACAUUUGUGGAGUGGUUGAAAAACGAAUUUUAAUGACUUCAACCUAAGUGUAUGUAAACUUCUGACUUCAACUGUAUAUACACUGUCUGGUAAGUGGUUAUUGACAUAACAAUGUUUUUUUUUUACUGUCAUUUGCCUAAUGUAGAGUGAUCUCUUUCAGGCCUACACUGUACAAAACCAAUAUGGCAUUCCACAUACAGAGGUAAGUGGGGUUAUAAAUACAGUAGUUAUAUAUAGUAACCUAACUAUCCCACUGUAAUGUUAUGUAGCCCUUUCCUUCAGUCAAAUUACCUAGUGGCCUUAUGGAUGCAAUAUUAUAAAACAUUUUUUUUUUUUUUUACAGCCGAAAAUCCGGUGUUUCUAUGUCAAACAGUUUUGUUAUAUUUUAGUUUUCUGUGAUAUACAGUAUAUAAAGUGUAAUAUUGGGAUGCAAACUCAAAAUUGAAUACAUUUCAACUCUAUAUCUGACAUGGUACACGUGUUCUCUUUUUUGUAACCCCAUAACCAUGAGUGUGAGGUGAAAAGUUUUUUUUUUUUUUUUAAGCCUACCGAGAAUCACUCUGUGUGACCCUGAUUUAGCCCACUACAGUAAAAGGUUAACAUAUAUUUUGGAUAUGCUCUUUCUUCCUGUAUCUCAGUUGGCCAAGCUACAUCAGCUAUCCAUGCAGCAGAACAUGCAACAGAGUCCCAUGUGCCAGCAGGCUACAACCGUUCUACCUGGUAUGACUUUACUUUACGUAGCCCAAAUGGCAAUCAAAUACAUUUAACUGUAGGAGACGUAGGCAGCAUGCAGCGAAACUGAACCUGACGUCCUCUCUUGAUGGCUGAUGAUACUCCAAAGUGAACAUGAUACACUAGCUACACUAGAGCUAGAUUUUUUCUUGACGCUUACUGUAAUGAUCUUAUAUUCUAUUAGUCAUAUUUUCCUAUCAGCUGCCAAAUAUCAGUAACAUCAACAGUUUGCGGGGAAAGAUGAGCAGUAGAGAUAGAACAUCUCCUGUUACAACAACACUAAGUGAAGGGAUCCAUGUCAUAAGCCCAGCUGAUUAUGUGCUUGUGGCAGUGAAGAUGAGAGGAAGCUCCCUACAGCUCUCCAUAUCUGGCAGUGAAAAGCGAAACUAUUAUAAGAAAUGAUGUGUUCCGCCACAGUAUCAGAGAGCCUGGAGAAAUGUGGCAUGUUAAACAUAAGUCUAUAAAAAUGGAAAUUAGCUGCUUAGCUACAUCUAGCCAUUAUACCACCAAAAGUAUUUAUCAUGUAGCAUGUCAAUUAUGCUGGUUUCAGUGGAGGCUGCUUUGGGGAGGACGGCUCAUAAUAAUGGCUGGAACGGUGUGAAUGGGAUGGCAUCAAACCCAUGGAAACCACGUAUUUCUCUCCAGCCAUUACCACGUUCCCGUCCUCCCCAAUUAAGGUGCAUACCAACCUCCUGUGGCUGGUUUUCUUAAACUGCAAGCCAAAUGUAAUGGAUUAAUAUAUGAAUGACUGUAUGAAAGUGUUUGUUAAGUUACAUAUUUUCUCUCACUAGGAAUGGACUCAAACUCCCAGACAUCGCAGGAGCUCCUUAUUCCAAAUGAUGUGAGCAGUUAAUUAAACAUAAUAUUACAUUCUACAUUUCAAUUCUUUUUUUCAGAUAUCCUCUGGGUUAAGUCUAUUCAUAAGGUGAAUUGAACUUCCAAUAAAAUUCUAGGAAAUUAGAAAAAUACUAAUUGAAAAUAAUUGGCACUUUUCAAUCAUUGAAUGUGAAUUUAAAUUAAUCUCCUAAAUUGACUGAAAUUAAAUGGAAUUUACCCUCAACCCGAAUGCUGUUAUCCAGAAUAAUCUACUCUAGGCAUCAUACCAAACAACACAUCAAACAGCAGCAUAAGCAGAAAUAUCACAUUGCACAUAACAGCUCAUAGAAGCAGGUGACACCAGCUAGACAGAUGCUCAAGGGCUCAAGGCGGGCGAGAGACUGUGGUCUUGGGUAACUUCAAAGGAGAGAAGGGGAUGCAUCUUGGCAACAUACUAAUUAUCCAAGUCAUUAUAACCCCAGACUAACCCAAGGUCGUUGGGAUUUUGAGCCGAUAUGGAUCCCCUAGUGUUAUUGUCUGGGUUCCAGUUGCAGCGUCUCGGAGUGACUCCCAUGAGUACCCAGUAAAUCCUCUCAUGUUCUCUGACCUACUUAGACACUCUCUCUCUCUGCUGUCAAAACAGCCAAUAAAAAACAGACAGAGAUCCUCUCCCUCUCACUCAGACGCCGCAUGUGAUGCCUCUCCAAUCAGAGCAAGAGACGGAGAUGCUGGAAUACAUUCGGAAAGGAAGACUACUCGGAUUGCCCUCUGUGAUGAUCUAGCACUGGCUGUCCAACUAUGUGAAUGGAUCAGAGACUUCAUGUACUCUACAAUCUUGAAAUGAAUCACACAUGACAGAAUGCAAUAAGCUCUCCUGUUCAAGAUGGCCAACCAGACAUAACUCUUGGACAACGUCACCAAAAUGCCUGAGUUGUUCCCCCCAGCAAACCCUUAAAUACCAAACCUUCCAAUCCGUCAGUGGAAUGGCUGGUGCUGUAGAGUGGGGUGUAUGACUUUGACAACCGAGUCUAAGCCCCAGCCAUUGUUCCAGAGAGGACAUGGCUGAGCUCUCUCUCUCUCUCUCUCUCUCUCUCUCUCUCUCUCUCUCUCUCUCUCUCGGCAUAGCAGAAUCAGACCAAAGACUGCAGGAUUCAAGAUCCAUUCCUAGAGCUGCAGUGGGAGAUUUAGGCUGGGUCCGUCUCAAUAGUCUGAAACAGUUUCCUCGCCUCAUCAGCUUUCUUUUAUCUUCAUCUGCACUGAUCUGAAUACACAGAAGAGAUGAAAGCAAUAUGUGCACAUACCAGUUAUUUGCUUUCCCCUGUCCUGCCCUUCCAUAAGACUGCAGCUGAAGAAAAGGAGAUGAGGAAAAGAGGCCACAUAUACUAUUGAGAUGCACCAUUAGGGUACAGAGAGAGAGGCAUUGAGGAAGAGCUUAGACACAGUCAGCAAUAUACUGUAAUUCUACCUAGGGAAGAUUUAGCCUGGAUAAAAAUGGUGACUCGCCCACUACAUCCUUCUUCCUGUGUCAUUUUCCAAAUUACUACUUCAGCAGGAAUUCUCAGAAAAUACAGGCCAGUUACACAGUAGCAGCUGAGGUGAUACAGUUGAGGUGAGGCAUGCAGUGUUACUGUACUGUGUAUGCCCUGCUUAGCACUGGUAAUCACCAGCGUACACAAUGUUCUAUUUGCUGCAUGGUAUUUACCUGGCUCUACACUAAAUCAGGAAGCCCCUAGAGCUCCUACACAUACCUCUGAAAUUGGCCCUUCAGACAUUCAAAACGAGCCUUCUACUCAACAUUGUUUGGGGAUUACAACGGUCUAAACAGGAGUGUUCCUAUACUAACAAUGAACUUUGUUUAUAACAAUCAAUGUAUUAUAAGCAUCAGGAUGAAUUGGUUCAGGUUUGCUCAGAAUGAAUGGAUUGUUCUGAGGUACUGAUUCUCCCUCCCAGCAGGGGAGAGUACUGGUCAAAUCGCUGAUCCCAGGUCUGUGCUAGUGGUGCUCAUUGUCUCCCUGGGCUGCUCUUUAGCCUGGCUGGGCUGUGCCAGUGCCUAGCUAGCUGCUCCCAGAAUAAUCUGCUGUGCCAAGAAUAGCCAGGGAGACCAACCAGGACGCUGUGUGACCAAUCAGAUGCUGCGAAACAGGACUGUGACUUAGCAAAGGAAUGUAAAAUACAGAGAGAAGGACAGGAGCAGGAGAACAGUGUACGUGUGUGUGUGCGUGUGUGUGUGGCAAAGGGGCCACUAUCAGUCAUCCAUUAUUAAGCUGCCAACACACACAUACUGGAGGUACUCCAUCACUGUCAAGGCCUCUCACCGUAUAUCUGACAGCAUAGCCUUGCCUCUGUGGCCUGACACCCUGCACUCAGGCUUAGACCCUUGGCCUAGACUCUGAUCCUUAGGCCUAGCAUGAUCCUCCGGCCUUGGCCCUGCUAAGCAUGUAUUGUUCGCUAACGGCAAGAAACACAAACCUAACAUCUUCUAAGACGCCAUAUGAACUCAUGUUAGCAUCUUAUUAACUAAUGUCAGCAAAAAGAGACAACACAAACUGUCCGGAUUGUAGAUCAUGUUUUGAAUUAUGUUCCUAAUACGUUUUCCAUUAGCCAAGAGAUGCUUCUCUUCUUGGUCGUGUUUGGGAAGUGAUUUGUUUGGGAAGUUGCCACGGCAAUGGAAAUCAAUAACCUUUUAGCUACUCAGAUUAAUAAGAGGCAAAUAUGCAGACUCUCUCUACCCUGUCUGUUUUACCAGGGCACGGAGCACUGCAAUUAAGGAAGAGGUUGGAAAAACAGUGUAUUUGACAUGCGUGAUAGAUGACAGGGCCAUUGUAUACAAACAAUGUGAUCACAAUGUUUAGAGAGGAGUGCAUUUCAUACACAGACUGUAGAAGACCAACAAUAACAUUUUCAACACCAGCUUUCGCAAUUAUUGUUAGCAUUUGUAAUAAUUAUUAGUAGUUACCAUCAUCAACACCACUAUCAUAUAGCCUACAUUAGCUUUGUUUGAUGUAUUGCAAUAUUGAGACUCUUGAAACAACUCCCAAAACAAUGUCAAUGUAAAAAAUAACUCUUAGGCAAUCUGAACGCAAUCUUGUGAUUCAAAUCUCUGCGUAAAUAGAUAUCCACUGGAUAUAGCUGUCCAUCCAUCCACCCCUCCACCCCUCCAUCCAUCCAUCCAUCUAUUGUUCUAUCUCUUGCAGCUGAUAGGCUCGAUCAUCGGCCGGCAGGGCACUAAGAUCAAUGAGAUCAGGCAGGUGUCGGGGGCUCAGAUAAAGAUCGGGAGCCAGCUGGACGGAACCAGUGACCGGCACGUCACCAUCACUGGCACACCAAUCAGCAUCAACCUGGCCCAGUACCUCAUCACCUCCUGGUAAGGCCAUUGGCCAAUGCGAUCCAGGCUAACCAAGAGGGGAUUCGGCAGGGAGAGGGAAUUCUGUUUCCAUAACAGUCCAGGUUAAAGGUUAAAUAACUUGGUGAUAGGCAGUAAUGAGGUCAUUGUGUUCUUGUUCUGGUAAUAACCCCUUAGAUAAUUCAUACACCUGUAUUGUAUUGCAUUGUACUGUAUUGUAUUGUAAGCCACUCUUCUCUCUCCAUAGUUUAGAGACAGCUAAAUCCACGGCCCAGGCAGCGUCCAUGGCCGCCCCCAACAUGGCUGACCUCAAUAUGGCCUUCACACAGCCCGCUUCCCCGGCCUCCCCCCACUCCGCCUCCACCCUGGCAGCCAUGGGUGCCCUGUCCCCCACCCCCGUCAUAGGCCACCCCUACGGCGCCCUGCCCUUCUCCAGUCUGCUAGGGGUCAAGUCUGUCCCCUUCCUGACUCUCUCUAGCCCCGCCCCCCAGGUCGCUGUCACCGCAGCCCCCUCCCACGCCACCCUGGCGGCCUACACUGCCAAAAUCUCCUCGGCCAACUGCAUCAAGAAACCCGACAGACAGAAGUUUGCACCCUACUGA